CAAGUCAAAGACGCGCUUCAGAUUUCAACAAUAAAAUGUAAAGAAUCACUUGUAGCAUGCGUUGCAUGAGGCGUGUAAUUGUACGUAACUAAACUUUAUAGCAGUUAAUUCACCUACAACAAAGUACAGAAAAGAACCAUUUCUUCAAAUUCCAAUACAUGUCAAGCAAAAGAUGAGUGUUACUAUUCUUGUUUGUGCUACUGUUAUCCUUCUCCCCUUGCUGCAAGUGCCACACGUCUCUGCUCAGACUCAGAAUAAUGUUACCAUUGGUGAGACACUUGUUGCAGGAAACGUUGGUGCGCAAUGGCUUUCUUCAUCAAAGGAGAUUGCAUUCGGAUUUCAUCAGCUUGAGAAUGACCUUUUCUUGCUUGCCAUAUGGUACCAAAAAGUACCAAACGAUAAUUUGAUUUGGUAUGCAAAUGGAGACAACCCGGCUCCUAAAGGAUCAAAACUUGAGCUAAAUGAAUACAGCGGACUAGUGCUGAAGAGUCCUCAAGGUGUUGAGCUAUGGACAUCACAAACCAUAUCAGGUACAAUUUCCUAUGGACUAAUAAAUGACACAGGCAACUUCCAGCUUCUGGAUAAGAAUUUGCAGGUGUUGUGGGAAAGUUUCAGUAAUCCAACUGAUACAUUGGUGCCAACUCAAAUCAUGGAGGUAAAAGGCACGCUUUCUUCUCGACAGAAAGAGACAAAUUUCUCACGAGGAAGGUUCCAAUUUCGCUUGCUUCCGGAUGGUAAUGCUGUGCUUAAUCCUAUAAAUUUGCCUACCAACUAUACUUAUGAUGCUUAUUACAUCAGUCACACAUUUGAUGGGACCAAUACAACAAACUCCGGUUACCGUGUGAUUUUUGAUAAUUCAGGAUUGUAUAUAUUGAAGAGGAGCGAUGAGAGAGUUUAUAUUACAAAUUCGAAAGAUGAGCUCUCAUCUGAUUCCUAUUAUUACAGAGCAACCAUCAAUUUUGAUGGAGUUUUCACCAUAUCUCGUUACCCAAAAAAUCCAGGUUCAAAUCCAGGCUGGACAGUUAUUAAGACAUUGCCAGACAACAUUUGCACAGAUUUGGUAGGAAAAAAGGGUAGUGGUGUCUGUGGAUUCAAUAGUAUCUGCACUCUUGAUACUGAUCAAAGACCAAAGUGCAAGUGCCCAAAAGGUUAUUCUCUUCUUGAUUCAACCGAUGAGUAUGGCAGCUGCAAACCAAAUUUGGAAGUCCGUUGUGAAGGAAGUGGACAAAGCUCUCAAGGAGAUCUCUACUACAUGGAGGAAAUGCCAAAUACUGAUUGGCCAGAAUUAGAUUACGAAUUGUAUCAACCUUACAAUUCAGAAGACUGCAAGACUUCUUGCCUGCAAGAUUGUUUAUGUGCUGUUUCUAUUUUUAGAGAUGAUAGCUGCUGGAAGAAGAAGCUGCCUCUCUCAAAUGGAAGACAGGAUAGAGCAGUUGGGGGAUCUGCUUUCAUUAAGUUGAUGAAAAAUGAUGUUUCGUCAGCAAAUCCUUCAAAUCCAUUCCUUGAAGAGAAGAAAAAUGGAAAAGAUCAAGAUACUUUGAUAACUGUGAUAUCAGUCCUUCUAGGAGGUUCUGUCUUUGUGAAUCUCAUGCUGGUCAGUGCAGUAUGUAUCGGUUUCUAUUUUUACUACAACAGAAGAAGUUCUACCAAUAAAGCUGUUGCAGAGAGCAAUUUGCGCAGUUUCACCUUUGGAGAGCUUGUGCAAGCAACAAAUAACUUCAAAGAAGAAUUGGGAAGGGGGUCUUGUGGCAUUGUCUUUAAAGGAACAACAGAUUUGGUUACUAUUGCAGUAAAGAAAUUGCACAAGAUACUCAAAGACAGCGAUAAGGAAUUCAAAACAGAAGUGAAUGUGAUUGGACAAACUCAUCACAAAAACUUGGUUCGCCUACUUGGAUAUUGUGAUGAGGGAGAACACCGCAUUCUGGUGUAUGAGUUCAUGAGCAAUGGCACUUUAGCAAACUUCCUCUUCGGAGAUUUCAAACCAAAAUGGAACCAAAGAGUCCAGAUUGCCGUUGGGAUUGCAAGAGGGUUGGUUUACUUGCACGAGGAAUGCUGCACCCAGAUCAUACAUUGUGACAUAAAGCCACAAAAUAUACUUCUUGAUGAGCUUUACAACGCAAGAAUAUCAGAUUUUGGGUUGUCAAAGCUACCCCAAUAUAAUCUAGUACAUGAAGUUGUUAGUAAUAUUGUAUGUACAAGAUAAAUUCAAUGGUUAUAAAUAAUGAUCUAUAA